CACGCCUAGCGAACGGACAGUCACACGAUCAUCAGUAUGAUCUUAUGCGCGUUACCGUUCACCUAAAGCCUAUAUAUUAUCGAUAUUUGUCGCUUUUCACUUUUAAGAGGUUGAUAAAGAGCCGAAAGCGGGUCUCUGAGGAAUAAGUGUGAUGGAGAGGGAAUGGAGCGUCCUCUGCUGCUGUCCCAGCGCUGCUGUAUAGACUCAGACUCUGCGCUUCAGUUGUUCUCCGCAGCCGAUGGCCUCCAUCUACCCGCCGUCACUGGAGGACUCAGCGGAGGUGAAGGAGGGAUUUCUGUGUCCGCUGUGUCUGAAAGAUCUGCAGUCCUUCUACCAGCUGCAGGACCACUAUGAGGAGGAGCACGCCGGAGACUCGUGGCACGUCGGAGGACAGCUCAAAAGCUUGGUGCAAAAGGCAAAGAAAGCCAAAGACAAGCUGCUGAAGCGGGACGGAGACGAGCGCACAGACAGCAGCUACGAGUCCUUUUAUUAUGGAGGAGUCGAUCCGUACAUGUGGGAGCCGCAGGAGCUCGGAGCCACACGCAGUCACUUGGAUUAUUUCAAGAAGCAAAGAGCUGCGAGAAUUGACCAUUAUGUCAUCGAAGUCAACAAAUGCAUCAUCCGACUGGAAAAGCUGACCUCCUUCGACAGAACCAGCAUGGACGCAGCGCAGAUUAGAUCUCUGGAGAAAUCGGUGGUGUCGUGGGUGAGCGAUCAGGAUGUGCCGUUUUGCCCUGAUUGUGGAGGCAAAUUCAACCUCCGCAACCGCCGGCACCAUUGCAGACUCUGUGGGUCCAUCAUGUGCCGGAAAUGCACUGAGUUUGUGCCGCUGCCGAUGGCCUAUAAAUUAACCAGCGGGACGAGGGAGGCUCUGUGGGCUCCGGGUUCAGGUGGGUCUCCGGUGAGCGCGGGACCGGCAGCGGUGCAGCAAUCGUCCCGCCGCGGCUCCAUCAGCAGCAUCUCUUCUGUCACGUCUGUGCUGGAGGAGAAGGACGAGGACCGCGUGCGCUGCUGUCACCACUGCAUGGACGCUCUGCUGCGACACCAGAGAAAACUGGAGGAGAAAGACCACGUGCCUGAUAUCGUCAAACUCUAUGAGAGGUUAAGAACGUGUAUGGAUAAGGUUGAAGCUAAAGCUCCAGAGUACACACGCAUGGCAGAAUCGCUCAAUGCUGGAGAAAAGACCUACAGUCUGGAAAGCACAGCAGCACUGCGGAUGGAGAUCCAGAAAUACUACGAGCUGAUCGACGUUCUGAGUAAGAAGAUCCUGACACUGGGGCUUAAAGAGGAGCUUCAGCCUCAUCCCAAAGCCCUGCAGCUGCAGAGGAUGGUGCGAUACACAGCCACACUCUUCAUACAGGAGAAGCUGUUGGGUCUGACGUCUCUCCCGACCAAGGAGAAAUACGAGGAGCUGAAGGAGAAAAGGAGAGUGGAGCAGGAGAAAAGGGCUCAGCAGGAGAGACAGGUCAGCCUGGAGGCUCAUAAGCGUCGACUGGAGAAUGAGAAGAACCGUCCGACUCUCAGUGUGAAUGGAGAUGUUGCAGCUCCACGUGUGACUAAAGCCGGCGGCUGGCUUCCUCAGUCCGACACCCGCUCCGAGCAGGACGACCCGCUCCUGCAGCAAAUCGAGAACAUCGAAUCCUUCCUGCGACAGGCACGAUCCGCCAACCGCUCUGAUGAGGUGUGCAUGCUGGAGGAGAACCUGCGGCAGCUCCAGGAUGAGUUCGACGCGCAGCAGACCAGCAGAGCCAUAGAGAUCUCCCAGCGGCUGGCGGACCAGACCGACCUCCAGCAGAAGCAGAUCCAGCAUCUGCAGCAGAGAGAGAUGGAGCACAGAGCACUCGCCAAAACACAAGAGCGUCCACUCAGAGGAGAAACUGACAAAGCACAGGAGCAUUCAUUCAGAGGAGAACUAGAGAAAACAGAAGAUCAUUCACUCCGAGGAGAAACCUACAAAGCAGAAGAGCAAUCAUUCAGAGCGAACAAAACACAGCAUCUUUCUCUCAGAGCAAACACAACUCAAGAUCCUUCACUCAGAGGAGACACAGACAAAACCCAAGAGCAUUCGCUUCCUCCGUUGGAGAACAAACCUCCAUCCAAAAACCCGUUCGAUGAGGAGCAUUUCUCUCCCAUCGAGGAAGAGCCCACAAAUUUUCAGACUGCCAAUGGGAAGAAAGAGUACAACCCUUUUGAGGAGGAAAACGAUGACCAUGAAGAUCUUAACGCGGCUAAAAACCCAUUCGAGGAGGAUGAUGAUGAUGAUGAUGAUGGAGGUAACCCAUUUAAAGAGAGUUCCGAUGAGAUUCCUGCAUCCUCGACCAAUCCAUUUGAUGAGGAUGAGGAUGAUACGGCCAUUGAGGAAGAGCUUCUGCUGCAGCAGAUCGAUAACAUUCGCGCGUACAUAUUUGACGCUAAGCUAAGCGGGCGCUCUGAUGAGGUGGAGCUGUUGUCGGAGAACCUGAAGGAGCUGCAGAGAACACUACGAGAGCAGAAGAGGAAGAAAUAGAGGAGGACUCUUGACUUGUUUGUAGUUACUGAUAUAACGAUGCACUAGGAGUAGAAACAUGUAAUAUCAGAUGCGAUCAGAGUCAUUUCUGAUGCAUCGAUUAUCAGGAACACUCCACUUUUUUUGUGGAAAAUAAACUGGUUUUAUACUCUCCCAAAGUCAAAUAGUUGAGUUUUACCACUUUUAAAUCCAUUCAGCUGAUCUCAACAUCUGAGAGGAGCACCUUUAGCUUAGCUUAGCAUAAAUCAUUGAGUCGGAUUAGACCGUUAGCAUAUCAUUCCAAAAAAAGAAAAGAGAGUUUAGAUAAUUUUCCUAUUUAAGUCUUGACUUUUCUGUAGUUACAUUGUGUAGUAAUACUAUUAACUGCAAUACGGGUGGGAACUAUUCUCUCAUUCUGGCGUAAUAAUCAAGAAACCUUGCUGCUUGACCAUGGCUGCAGCAAGAGCAAUGAUAUGAGUGUGAAAUGAUGUAUACAGCCUAGAAAAUACCAACUUUUAAUUUUCCUUUGGUCUUAGUACAGGGUUUAACUACAGAAGUCAUUGCUUGAAAUUGGAAAAAUAUCUCUUUUUUUUAACAAGAUGCUAAUGGUCUAAUCGGAUUCAAUUAUCUAUGCUAAGCUAAGCUAAAAGUGCUUGUGCCAGACCUGGAGAUCAGCUGAAUAAAAGUCGAGCUUUAAAUAGAAAAAUUAUCAAAAAUCUGUUUUUUUUUUUUUUGUUUGUUUUUUUAACAAGAUGCUAAUGGUCUAAUCCGAUUCAAUUAUCUAUGCUAAGCUAAGCUAAAAGUGCUCCUGCCAGACCUGGAGAUUAGCUGCAUAAGAGUCGAGAUUUAAAUAGGAAAAUUAUCAAGAUUCUGUUUUUAUUUUUAUUUUUUUAACAAGAUGCUAAUGGUCCAAUCCGAUUCAAUGAUCUAUGCUAAGCUAAGCUAAAAGUGCUCCUGCCAGAUCUGGAGAUCAGCUAUAUAAGAGUCCAACUUUAAAUUGGAAAAUUAUCAAAAAUCUGUUUACAUUUUUUUUAACAAGAUGCUAAUGGUCUAAUCCGAUUCAAUGCUAAAUUAAGCUAAUGCCAAGCUAAGCUAAAAGUGCUCCCGCCAGACCUGGAGAUCGACUGAAUAAGAGUCAAGCUUUAAAUAGGAAAGUUGUCAAAAGUCUGUUUUUAUUUUUUGUUUGUUUAACAAGAUGCUAAUGGUCUAAUCCGAUUCAGUGAUCUAUGCUAAGCUAAAAGUGCUCACUCCAGACCUGCAGAUCAGCUGAAUAAGAGUCGAGCUUUGAUAAGGAAAACUAUCUAAAAACUGUUUAGAUUUUUUUUAACAAGAUGCUAAUGGUCUAAUCCGAUUCAAUCAUCUAUGCUAAGCUAAGCUAAACGUCCUCACUCCAAACCUGGAUAUCGGCUGAAUGGAUUUAAAAAUGGUAAAAUUGAACUCCUAAACUCUGGGAGAGCUGUAAAAUGAGCCUUUUCCAAAAGAAAUAAAAUAAUUGUAGUGUUCCUUUAAAGGGAUAGUUCACCCAAAAAUGAAAAUGGCCUCAUUUACGUUCCCUCAUGUGGUUUUAAACCUUUAUGGGUUUCUUUCUUCUGUUGAACUCAAAAGAAGAGAUUUUGAAGAAUGCUAGUUGACCCAUUGACAUUCGUAGUAGGAAAUAAAAUGACUGGAAUUGAGUUGAUGCCAGCAGAAGUUUAGAAUCACUCGAGUGUGAAUAAAUGAGCAGAUGUUCAUUUUUGAGUGAACUAUCCCUUUAAAUUUGUAAUUUAAUACACUUGAAGAGGCAUAGUGAGUGCUAGUAUUGAUGAUUAUUCAGAUUCAGAUUUUAUUUGAGCAAAUUCUCCUUUAUUAGAGUGGUAUAAAUGAGUUGGGUUAAAAUAUCUGAAGCAUUUUCUGUAUAACAAAGUCAGUAUUUUCAGAUUUUGACGCUAAACGUAUUUCUGAAUCAGUUUCUGAGUCCGCAGCCUAAAUGUGGAUUUAAUGGAUAAACCAUUUCACUAAAUACAAGACCUCAUUAUUCUGCGUUUCCGCCUUGGAAACAGUGGUGUUCCCUCAAUAAUGAAACAUUACCACAUAUUUUUUUGCGUGCGUCAAUUUAAAUUUACAGAAGUUAUUUAGGUCGUAAGCAUAUUAAAUGCAAGAUGUCUAAUGUUUUAAAUAACAUUAUAGUGGUAAACGUUAAAAUAUGGGUGAAUUAGUUACAUCGUCACUCAACUUAAUUCAAAAUGAAAGCGUUUUAUAGUUCAAUAUUGAUGAACUAUUGCUUUUAUAUUGCAUAAUAUGUCAAAUCUCUUGGUGUUUGUCAUUUUAUUUUGUAUAUACUGACUUUAUUUUCCAUCUAUAGUGAUUUAAACCAUUAGUAGAUUAUUUUUGUUGCACUUUACCAAUUGCACAACUCCAUCCAAGCGGCGUUGGAAGUAAACCUGUGCUUGUUUUAAUCCACACAGCUCUGCAAGAAACACCUUAAAGCUCCGUCUUGCAUGUUUUAUCGAUUCUCCACUUCUCAAUUCUCCAUUAAAACACAAGGACAUACUGUAUCUCAAGCGCUUUCUGAAAUGAAGCAGUGUUUUGGUUAGACCGCUGUGACAACCGCAGCACUAAAUGCAAUGCUUUUGUAAUUAUUAUCUCAUGUAUUGCUGAUAUCUGUGACUAAUAUGAAGCUGUCCAUUAGCUUUUGGAUGAUGUAUGUUUACACUGAGCAAUCUAUCAGGAUAUCGUAAAUGUAACACUAAUGAUAAUAAAACUGGAGAUCAAACUGUGCUUUUUA